CGGUGGUAGUGAAUGGAACGCGGUGUGCCGCACGUCUUCGCGUAGUACGACGCUCCGCGGGCGCCGCGCGCCACCAAUGGUCAGCGAGUACGGGCGGUCACGUGACGCUCGUGCCGAUCCAGCCAGCAGAACAUUGCAAAUGACAAGACGCGUAGGGCAUUGUCGUCGCGCCGCCGCUGCCGCCGCCGCCGUCGUCGUCGUCGUCGUCGCCGCCGUCGUCGCCGACCUGUCGCCGAAAAUUCUUUCGGCCGUCGUGUGAAAAAUCUCCUCUGGUGGUGGGCGCCCUCAGCGCGAGGUGCCUCCACACGCAGGGACGCCAGGCGUCCCAAGGCAGCCGUAGUUGCAAUCGGUUGCGCGCGCGCUACUCACGUCGGAGCUCCCGCGCCCUGAGAGAAAGAGCGGCCGCUGGCCAGAAGGAAGCCGCCAGGUGCGCGUCCGAUCCGCUUCCGCGCGCGCGGAAGUGCAAAUCACCGCCGUCGUCGCCGCUCCGCGAGAGCGUGAGGAAGAUGUCGAGCUCGCAGCGUAUGCGAAAGUCCUCGCCAUGCUCGAAGCAGGGUCCGAUGCGCGCCACCCUGCCCGUGAGCUCGCUGAUGAGACAGGGCCGGCAAAGCAGCAACAGCCUCCGCAAGAGCAACAACAACAGUCCCACCGUCUCGCCCACGAACGCGGCUGCCUGGCGAGCGCGCAUCUCGCCGGACACGUCGUCUUCCUCGGGACAGCGGAGCCCCGGGUCCCUGUCCUACAAAGCCAAAUCAAAAACAUUGAGCGGCCGCUGUAGCGAUAGCUUAAGUGGAAACCAGAGCAUCCGACGAACAGCGUCACUGGACACUAUCUAUCUGAAAGGACAAUGGCCGCGUGAAUCCUAUUAUAUGCAUUCCAGUCUCUUGGUGGACAAAUCUACACAGACGGAGGAAUGUCCCAAUGAACCAAGAAAAAUGCAUACUCGUCAUCCCACGGAACAAACUGUCACUGAUGAGAAAUUGGAGAAGAAUUAUUUCAGGCAUCGAUUACAACGUACAAAUAAAGAAGGUACUAGCAGUAGAGAGAGGACAGCGGCAUUUGGACUAAUAAUGCCGGGUGGUCCACCACCCGCGCUUCCAGGAGAUCAUUCAGUAAUUCUGCCCAGUAUUGCUUCACAGACAUCCUUGCACAAUCAAUUUAGCUUGAGUACAAAAGCAAGUCCCAUGAAUAUCCCGGUGAAACCAAUGAGGCCUCCAAUGCGUUCGUCUAUCGAAGGACUCAAUCAGGAAAUAGAAGGACUUGUGCUCAAAAAUACAGCCAAUAAUAGUGAUGCAGACCAUCCAAUAGAAGACAAGUAUGCACGAUAUCGCGAGCAAAUUACACCCGAAGGACAUCGCGCUCCUCUAGCAGACCUAUUACGGGCCACCCGAAGUGUCAACACACAAACGCCGGCUACCGACCUUCCCUCCAGUUCUUAUUCUUCAGGCCCUCCAUCUAGGAAUUCUGAGUCUCCGCUGAUUCCUGGUGUUAUGGAUGCGUCCCGUCCGCCUAGUGAUCUCUUACAAGGUGGAAGCCGUGGUUCAACACCUGAACAAGACAGAGAAGGACGUCUCGGUACUUCUCCUCACAUUAACAAGUUCCUCGCGAGGGAACCACCCGAUGGCUGUGAGAAAGUCAACCUCAAAUUUGUGGAGGAUGCGAGGCGGCCCAUGAUAGAUUUGAGCAAAUUAGACUAUUGCCCAAAGCCGUGCGUUCCAGCAUUCCAGUUGAAACCCAGCUUGGGAUCAGCGUUCCUGCCAUUGCAACAGCCGGCCAGUCCGACGAUGGUCGCCAGUGCAUCACCCUCCGCGCAUACAACACCGACUACACCUCCUCCAAAUCCAUAGUCCCACUCUUUACCCUGCAGUGUUACACUUGUAAGCUCUAUUAGUACAUAUACAUAUAUAUAUAUUUUUUUUUAACGACCUUGUGGGUAGAAAGUGAUUUACUUCGACAUAAAGGUAUACCGACAAAGAAAAGUUACCGAACAAAAAAAAAAGAAAGAACGAACAGCCUGCUCCCAGUGCGCCCUAUACGUGCGGGCAUCGUGGAUUGUGUAAUUGAAAAAAAGUUGCAAUUGCAUCGAUACAAAAA